AUGGUGCAGUGCACGCUAGCUACGGAGCGAGUGCAGAUCACGGCCAGCUUUGAUCCACAGGUCAUCGAGCAGUGGCAAGUGCAGAGGAUGCUGGGCCAGCUUGGCUUCGUCGCGCAGCAGCUGGCGGAAGCCGGUGGCAAGACGACAGUUGCUGAGAUUGAUACGCUCACUCCCGAGGACAGACAACAGCUGUGGAAGUGGAAUGGAGAGGUUCCUCCGGUGGUGGAGCGGUGCGUGCACGAGCUGUUUGUGGAGCAGGCGCGGGCACGACCUGACGCGGCGGCCAUCUGCGCGUGGGACGGCGAGAUGAAGUACGGCGAGCUGGACGAGCUGUCGUCCAGGCUGGCCGGCUACCUAGUGGGUUUGGGCGUCGGGCCCGAAGCCAUUGUUCCUCUGUGCUUCGAGAAGUCGAUGUGGACGGUGGUGGCCAUGCUGGCAGUGCUCAAGGCUGGCGGCGCCUUCGCUCCCCUAGACCCAGAACACCCAGCAAGUCGGCACGAGGAGAUCUUCCGGCAGACUGGCGCCAGAGUGGUGCUUGCUUCGGCACAGCACUCGACGCUCUGCAGCGGCGGCAACCGCACCGUCGUGGUGGUCAGCGAGGCUGCCAUGCGUGAGCUGCCCAGCGAGGCCAGCGAGGCCAGCACAACCGACAAAAGGACGACAACUCGCACAAAGGCACAGCCAGACAACCCUGCCUAUGUGCUGUUCACGUCUGGGAGCACGGGAAAGCCCAAGGGCGUGGUGAUUGAGCACAGGGCAAUAUUGACCAGCUGCUUGGGUCACGGAAAAGCCUAUAACCUUACAAGCGACUCGCGCUUUCUCCAAUUCUCUUCUUACACGUUCGACGUUAGCAUUACCGAGAUAUGGACUACGCUUCUAAUGGGUGGCUGUACUUGCGUCCCAUCAGAAAGCGACAAGAAAGAUGAUCUUUCGAAAGCAAUAAAUGCUCUGGACGCGAAUUGGGCACACCUCACGCCUACUGUUGCGAAGCUUCUCGAUCCAGAGCGCAUCCCGGGAUUACAAAAUCUUAUCCUCGGAGCAGAACUUGUAACAGAUCACGACUGGAACAGAUGGAGCCCUUAUGCCCGUCAGAUAACUACAUAUGGUCCUACUGAGUGUUGUGUUCUUUGCACUUUCUACUCCGGUACUCUUGGCUUUUACACAGGCUUGCUCGGCAAGUCUGUUGCGUCGGUCAGCUGGGUGGUGGACCCCAACGACCACCACAAGCUGGCUCCCCUGGGCGCGGUGGGUGAGCUGCUCGUUGAGGGACCGAUCCUGGCGCGCGGCUACCUGAACGACGCAGAGAAGACGGCGGCCGCGUUCAUCGACGACCCGGCCUGGCUGCUGGAGGGAUGCGACCAGCACGCGGGCCGGCGCGGCCGGCUGUACAAGACCGGCGACCUCGUCUACUACAAUGCAGACGGCAAUCUAGUGUACGUCAACCGCAAAGAUGCGCAGGUCAAGGUACGCGGGCAGCGGGUGGAGCUUGGGGAGAUUGAGCACCACGUGCGCGAGUGCAUGCCGGAAGUAGGACGUAUGGCAGUAGAAGUGAUCAUGCCGGGAGACGACAAAGACAAGGCGACGGUGGCUGUCUUUGUGGAACAGAAAGAGGAAGAGGUUUCCGAUGGAGACGGCUCCUCUGCACGCGUUUUCUUCCCCUCCCAGGUGGACAGCCAGCUCAGCGAGCGGCUGCCUAGCUACAUGGUACCCGGAGUCUACUUUUCAGUCGCGCAGCUUCCCAUGACAACGUCGGGUAAGACAGACCGCAAGCGGCUGCGCGAGGUUGGGGCUACAUUCUCAGCCCAGCAGCUGGCGGAGCUGCGCACGCGCAGCCAGGGACCAAAGCGGCAGCCGUCGACAGACAAGGAGAAGGCAAUGCAGCAGCUGUGGGCGCAGGUGCUCAACAUCGACGCAGACAGCAUCGGGCUGGACGACAGCUUCUUCCGCCUGGGCGGCGACUCGAUCACAGCCAUGCAGGUCUCUUCGACCGCGCGGUCGCUCCAAAUCUCAGUCACUACAGCCGAUAUCCUCGAACAGAAAACCAUUUCCCGUUUGGCUCACCGCAUGUCGCGGAAUCACUUCUCUUCCAAUCUUGUGAUGGAAGACCCAGUGAACAGGCACUUUAGUCUGACGCCGAUUCAGGAGCUAUAUCUCCGGCUCGAGAGCACUGGCAGCGCUUGCUUUGACCAGAGCUUUUUCCUAGAGCUCAGCAGCUUGACAAACCUCGAAUCGCUGCGCGCAGCGUUCAAAACCCUUGUUCGACGGCAUUCCAUGCUCCGAGCUUUGUUCAGCCAGACGGCUGGAGGUAGGUGGCAGCAACAUAUAUCCGAUCGCGGUAGUGCCUCCUUUACGGUGGACUAUGUGCGGUGCAUCGACAGCAAGGACGUUAGUGAAGCGAUCCGACAGAGCCGAGACGGGCUGGAUGUACAGAAUGGUCCUGUGCUGGCAGCAGUCCUGUGCGAUCAGGGUCAGCGCCAACUGCUGUCUAUCGCCAUUCACCACUUGGUGAUCGAUCUGGUUUCGUGGCGUGUGCUUCUCGAAGAGUUGGAGGACCUGCUUCUCUCGCGGAAGCUUCCCGCUGUGCCCGCCGUCCCCUUUCAAGCCUGGCAGGCUCUCCAAACGGAACAUGCUACCAAGCACAAAUGCCCUAGUGGCGUGGCUCAAGACGAGGUGGCUUCUGGGGAGUCACUGUCCUACUGGGGCAUAGAACCUGAUGCUGUCAAACGCGGGAGUGUGGUAUCGAAACAGUUUGCACUCAACGAACAGACAACCUCGGCCCUGCUCGGACCCUGCAACGAUGUAUUUCAGACGCGUCCUGUGGAGCUUAUGCUUGCCGCUCUAGCUCAUUCUUUUGCUAUUGCCUUCUCCGACCGAGCUCCGCCCACCAUCUUUAACGAGAGCCACGGCCGCGAGCCUUGGGAUGCCGGCAUUGAUCUCUCUCGCACUGUGGGAUGGUUCACGAGCAUGCUCCCCAUUCAGGUGCCGAGUCACACCAGAGGCGACCUGCUUGAGGUCAUCCGGCACACCAAAGAUGGCAUGCGCAAGUUCCCUGACAACGGCCGAUCCUAUUUUGCCUCGCGGUUUGCCGAUGCUGACACUUCGGAUGUGUUCGCGUCCAUGUUCCCUGUGGAAGUAAUAUUCAAUUAUCAAGGCGUGUACCAGCAGCUCGAGCGCACAGACUCGCUGUUCAAAACCCUGCCAGCUCCGGACGGAUGUGAGCCAGCAUCGAUGUUAGAGGCCCCGAGGUUCGCUUUGUUCGACGUAUCUGCGGUUGUCGAAAAGGGGCGCAUGCACGUGACUGUUACAAGCGACAGCAAAGCGAAGCGCCAGCAGCAAGUAGCCAACUGGAUCGAGCGCUACGAGAUGGCCCUGGUUGAGAUGGCGACUCUCCUGCAGAAGAAGCAUAAGCAAUGGACGCUGAGCGACCUGCCACUCGCGUUCAAAACCUACGAAGAUCUGGACAGCUUCCAGAACGAUACACUUGCAGAGCUUGGCGUCCAACCUGAAGAGGUCGAGGACGUCUUUCCGUGUCUGCCCAUGCAGGAGGGGAUCCUCAUCAGCCAGAGCAGAGAUCCAGAUGCAUAUCGGGUAUCGUCUAUCUUUGAAGUCAUACCGACGCAGCAAAACCAGGUCAAUUGCACUCGGCUGCAGCAAGCUUGGGAGGCUGUGGUACGCCGGCAUUCGCUAUUGCGGGCACUGCUGGUCGAUAACGUGCCUGGAAGUUUAGGAACCACGAACGUAGUGCUGAAAGAUCCACAACCCAGCAUAUCAUUCUUCCGAGCAGCGGGAGACACAGCAACUCUUGCCAUGUUCCGCGCCCACCAGGACACUUUAGCUCAGCAAGACAGUGGCCUGCAGCAUCGCAUGUUCAUUUGCCAGCUUGAUAAUGGAAAGGCCUAUCUAUGCCUAGAUAUUAACCACGCCAUCUUUGACGCCCACUCUCGCGGCGUCAUCUUGCGCGACUUGCAAAGUGCAUACAGUGCCAACCUUAAUCCAGACAGCGGGCGGUUCCGAGAUGUCGUUUCGUAUCUAACCCAACAGGAACAGGAGGAGACGCAUGCUUACUGGGCAAGGUACCUUGAUGGCGUCGAGCCAUGCUUUUUCUCUUCGAUGGCAGAGCCUCAAGAUACAGCAUGGGCCCUGGUCCUAAGCCGAUACACUGGAGCGACGACCCCGUGCUUUGGAAAUCUCUCCUCGAGACGGGACUUGCCGGUCGAGGAUGUCGCCAAUAUCUUUGGCCCGCUUAUUACAACGAUUGCAUGCAGAGUGCAGCUGGAUGAACAUAAGACUGUGAUGGAUGUGCUGAGGGCAGUGCAGAGCGACUAUACAAACAGCCUGCCGCAUCAGAACAUCUCUCUCGCGAGCGUGCACAGCAUGCUUGGGCUGGGGGCGAACGCUUUGUUCAACACAAUCCUAUCGCUUCAACGGAUCGAUGACACAAUGGCUGUUAACGAUUCUGAGAUUGAUUUCCGCGGUCAGAGCGGAUCGGAUCCGACUGAGUAUGCUAUUAACAUAGGGGUUGGAUACAAUCGCUCUGUGAUGGAGAUCGAAAUCCAUUAUCAGACCCGCUGCAUUGACGAUGCCCAAGCCGCCAAUCUUGCAGAGAGCUUGAGCCAAGCGAUCUAUGGCAUCAUCACAAAAACGACAUCCACGAUAGGCGACCUGCAGAUCCUCUCAAAGAGACAGCAGCAACAGCUGUGGAAGUGGAAUGGAGAGGUUCCUCCGGUGGUGGAGCGGUGCGUGCACGAGCUGUUUGUGGAGCAGGCGCGGGCACGACCUGACGCGGCGGCCAUCUGCGCGUGGGACGGCGAGAUGAAGUACGGCGAGCUGGACGAGCUGUCGUCCAGGCUGGCCGGCUACCUAGUGGGUUUGGGCGUCGGGCCCGAAGCCAUUGUUCCUCUGUGCUUCGAGAAGUCGAUGUGGACGGUGGUGGCCAUGCUGGCAGUGCUCAAGGCUGGCGGCGCCUUCGCUCCCCUAGACCCAGAACACCCAGCAAGUCGGCACGAGGAGAUCUUCCGGCAGACUGGCGCCAGAGUGGUGCUUGCUUCGGCACAGCACUCGACGCUCUGCAGCGGCGGCAACCGCACCGUCGUGGUGGUCAGCAAGGCCUCUUUCGAUAGACUGUCAAGCGCAAGCGACAAGGCCAACGUGAUAUCGAAGCCAAGUAGUAUUGCGUACGUCAUGUUCACUUCAGGCAGCACAGGAACACCCAAAGGAGUCGUCCUAGAACACAGAGCAAUUUCAACAAGCUGUCUCACCCAUGGAGAGGCGUUUGGCUUCUCGCCUAGCACUCGAAGCCUUCAGUUUGCUGCCUACACCUUUGACGCGUGCAUCACGGAGAUCAUCACGGCCCUUUUGUUUGGCGCAUGCAUUUGCGUUCCCUCCGAGCUGGACAGACGCAACGACUUGUCGAACAUUUCAAACACCUUGAAAGUAAGUUGGGCAUUGCUUACGCCAACGGUUGCACGAACACUUGACCCCAAAACAAUUCCAUCGCUCAGAACCUUGGUACUUGGGGGUGAGCAGGUGAGCCGCGUUGACUGGGAAAGGUGGAGUCAUCUUGAAAAGCAGAUCAAUACGUAUGGUCCUACAGAAUGCAGCGUUUGGUGCACAUCACACUCUAAUGUUGCUGGUUUCACGUCAGGAACGAUUGGAAAGUUGAUUGCUUCUGUGGGCUGGGUGGUGGAUCCAAACGACCACAACAGGCUUGCGCCGCUCGGGUCGGUGGGCGAGCUGCUCGUUGAGGGACCGAUCCUGGCACGCGGCUACCUGAACGACGCAGAGAAGACGGCGGCCGCGUUCAUCGACGACCCGGCCUGGCUGCUGGAAGGCUCCAAAGAGCACGCGGGCCGGCACGCGGGCCGGCACGGCCGGCUGUACAAGACCGGCGACCUGGUGCACUACGAUGCAGACGGCAAUCUAGUGUACGUAGGGCGCAAGGACGGGCAGGUCAAGGUACGCGGGCAGCGGGUGGAGCUUGGGGAGAUUGAGCACCACGUGCGCGAGUGCAUGCCGGAAGUAGGACGUAUGGCAGUAGAAGUGAUCAUGCCGGGAGACGACAAAGACAAGGCGACGGUGGCUGUCUUUGUGGAACAGAAAGAGCCGAUUCAGGAAGGCGAGUCUACGCCGCCAAAGAUGAAGGGCUCUGCUAUGCUGGUUAGAGCGCGGACGCGUGAGGAGGUAGUUGAGCGGCUUAAGAACGAUAUCUAUGUUUCCGAAGGCGUGUGGGACUGGGACAAAGCGCAAAUCUUUCCAUUCAAGAGCACGCUGAGGAAGGCAUUGUAG